UUGGCAGCUUCUGAUGUUAGACGAUGGUCUAUAGCUUCUCUUCCUUCUUCAAGUGGUUGUGGUACUCCGGAAAGUAUUUCAGCAUUUUCGAGUGAUUAUUCGUCGCAAGAACAUCUUACCGAAAUGUUGAAUGAUUUAAAUGUGGUGCCAAGAUUUGAUAGUACUGAUGUGUAUCCUUUAACAUAUGAGCCUCCUUUAUCAUAUGGGCGGCAGCGUUCGUGUAGUCUGACAAGUCAUUCUAAAAUUGAUAUCGAUUUUCAUACCACUCUGGCUAAUAGAAAUGUCAUUUUCAGUGAACGUUUUCCAAAGGCAAAAAAACAGAUGGAAGAUAGACUACAGCAAUUUCUCGAGGAAAAUGCUCCACUUUCUGGAACUUCAUCAUUUAGUCCGCUUUCAUCAGUACCAAAUUCCUCAAUUCCUCAGUCAAUUCAAAUUCAAUCUUUUCCUCCUUCACCAUGUUUUGUUUCUUCGUCUGCCAAUGAAAGGGCGUUUGAUUUUUGUCCACUGCAGUGCUUAUCUGAUGGUGCAACUCGAUUCAUUCAUCAUCAGAUUGUUGAAAUAGCUUCUGAUUGCUUAACAAAAUCACGCGAAGGUCAUAUAAGUGGGUUAUAUUUUUAUGAUGUAUCUCAACGUCUGGAACAAGCAUUAUCGGAUGCUAAUGAAAAAGCAUCUAUAGAGGGUGGGGAAUAUUUGUUGAAAUUAGUGCGAAACCUUUUGAUGAUUAUCUCGCGUACUGCUCGUCUUUUGGAAUGUUUGGAAUUUAAUCCAGAUGAAUUUUAUCACAUGUUGGAGAAUACUGAAGGUGAAGUUCGUGAGCAGUUAGGUGCAUCAAAUGUUCGAAUUCCGGAUUUGCCUCAGUAUAUCCUUACUAAACUAGGCUUAAACAAAGACAAUUUACUAACCACAGCCGACAUUGAAAUCCCCGCAGCAAUGGAUUCAUCUUUCGAAAGUACUGUUAAUUCCCUUCGGCCUUCACUUCACCUUGAUAAACCUCCUUGUGAAGAUGAUUAUGAAACGAUUCGGCUAGUGAGCAAUGGUGCAUAUGGAGCAGUUUAUCUUGUCAGACAUAGGGAAACUCGAGAACGAUUCGCUAUGAAGAAAAUGAACAAACAGACUUUAAUCAUGCGUAAUCAAGUCGAACAGGUGUAUGCAGAGAGAGAUAUUUUAACUUUCGCUGAUAAUCCCUUUGUGGUGUCAUUUUAUGGAUCUUUUGAAACUCGUACCCAUUUGUGUAUGUUAAUGGAAUAUGUGGAAGGUGGCGAUUGUGCUGCAUUAUUGAAAAGUGUAGGCGCUUUGCCAAUUGAUAUCGCACGAUUGUAUAUUGCUGAAACAGUUCUUGCUAUUGAUUAUCUUCAUUCAAAUGGCAUUGUGCAUCGAGAUCUCAAGCCUGAUAAUUUAUUGAUAACUGCCAUGGGUCAUAUUAAAUUAACAGAUUUUGGUUUAUCUAAAAUCGGUCUAAUGAAUCGAACAACUAUUCUUUGUGAAGGUUACAUGGACUUAGCUAACAUGCAGCAAUUUAAAGAUAAACAGCUUUGCGGAACACCUGAAUAUAUUGCUCCAGAAGUUAUACUUCGUCAAGGAUAUGGCAAACCUGUAGAUUGGUGGGCACUGGGAAUAAUUUUAUAUGAAUUUUUGAUUGGAAUUGUUCCAUUUGUCGGCGAUACACCUGAUGAACUGUUUUCUAAUAUUAUCAAUGAUGAAGUUGAAUUUCCCAGGGAAGAUGAAGCAUUGCCUCCUGACGCUGAAUCACUGAUAAAUCAUCUAUUACAAAAGAAUCCGAUAGAAAGAUUGGGUUCAACUACUGGCGCACAAGAGCUGAUGAUAGAAAGUUUUUUUUCGGUUCUGAAUUUCAAUUUGAUUUUGCGGGAAAAAGCUGAAUUUAUUCCACAACUAGAAAAUGAGGACGAUACGUCAUAUUUUGAUACACGAUCGGAUAGAUACAAUCAUGAUGCUGAAAGUGGUGAUGACGACAGUACUCCUAUGUUUGGUUCUUUUAAUACGGCUUCGCCAAGACAUUCGGUCGUUGGUAUAGAAUCAUUGCAUGAUCAUCGCUGUUUGAAAAAAAUUAUGGCAACUACAACUAAAAAAAGAAUUUGUUCGAAUCAUUUCUGUACAGUUUAUUUUAGUUCCAAAUUCGUGUUUAAAAUGUUUCAGGCUCUUUUACUGCGGCGCCGUUUUUCAGCUCAGAGGAAUAAUCCUUCAUCUUCGAGCAGUGGAACCACUGGUACUCAUUUCAACACACAGUGUUCUUCUACCGAUUCUUCAAUGGACGCUUCUUAUUAUUCAGAUCUUCCAACUCAUCCUCCAUUAUCGGAAAAUUGUCGUAAAAAUGUCACAUCACCAUUGCCACGGAAGGGGCCAAACGGAUUUGGAUUUACCGUCCGUUCAAUACGAAUUUAUUUGAGUGAAAAAUCUGAAUAUUACAAAAUCGAACAUGUUAUCGCCUCAGUAGAUGAAGAAUCUCCUGCUUAUAAAGCCGGUCUUCGUUUAAAUGAUCUGAUAACUCACGUUCAGUCUCAGCCCGUUUCAAACUUUACUAAUCCUCAAUUGAUACAUCGUAUGAUUGCGUGCGGAAAUGAACUUUCUUUAAAGAUUAUUCCUUUUUGUUGUACAUCUUUCCGCGAAGGAGCAGCAAGGCAUUCCGUCGGUAAAUUGGUUAAAAAGAAACCAAGAAGGCCACAAAGACGGCUACCUCUUGAGAAAAAGACUCGUAAAACUUCUUUAUUGAGGAGGUUCAGUGGAAAAAGAAUUAAUAAUGAUAUUGUACCAGGCAGUUCAUCACAAAAACAAGCCUUUAUGCCAAGAUCAGGGCUAAAGCAUAAAGUGGUCGUAGAUCAACGUGGUCAACUUAAAAAUAUGGUUGUUCCAAUGCCUGUUAGCCCUUUGGCCAGCAAUCAGCAUAUUGCAGUUAGCCCUUUGGCUCGGCAAGAAGAUAUAUUCCAUUCACCUCUAAGGUAA